GGAGGAAAAGGAGGCUAUAUUGCGCUCAACAGCGCUAAAAAGUACUUUGCUACCAGAACCAUGGAGAGCUCCAACUGCUGGACACGGGCUAUUGUUUGCGCUGCGCUGCUGUUCGUCUUAUGUGGUGCUGAAACAAACGACUCCGACGGGGAUGUGGAUGUGAACGCAAGAGAGAUUCGAGACUUUUAUCAGCAAGACCCGAACCUGACAUCCGAAAAACAACUUCUCGGCGCUCUUCAAGAGGUCUUAGAGAAACUGCAAACAAAAAGAGUAAAUCCGUGGGAAAAGAAAUUUGGAAAGGUCCCAACGUGUGAUGUAGGUGAGCAGUGUGCUGUACGGAAAGGAGCUCGGAUCGGCAAGAUGUGUGACUGUCCACGCGGGGCGUUGUGCAACUUUUUCCUGCUCAAGUGUUUGUGAAUGGACUCUACAGGUGUGCCGUAGUCAGAGCUACAUGACACUGAUUACAUGUAUUAUCAAAGAAGCCUAUCAGUAUUUGUAUGCACUUUUAAUGCAGAAACCUACUGUGAACAAUGUCAUGACUUUUUUUUAUUUUUCUCACAGAAAAUACAUCCAUGAAUGAAAUGUAAAACUAGAUUUAGUGUAGGCUGCUUCUGCAUAUUAUCUGUAACAACUGCUUCGUGGAAUAAAGUGCGCAACGACUUGUU